UUGUAGAGAACCGCUGUUCCUCACCCCAGAGUACGUGAAAAGGCUCACGGACAUAGCAUAAAGUUUCUGCUGGACAUUUGGAACAUGAGAGAUGACUUCCACACAAGAUUCAGAUGAUGACAGAGCCUUUAAAGAUUUGAACGUUGUUGGAAUGCUGCAUCAGUUUUGGCAGCAAAAACAGGUGAACAGCAGCACAACAGAGACAGAGAAGCUAGUAGUUUAUGAAUCCAUUCCCUCACCAGGACCUCCAUUUAUCUGCUAUGUCACCCUACCUGGAGGGAGCUGCUUUGGCAACUACAAGUAUUGCUACACAAAGGCAGAAGCCAGGCGUGAUGCAGCUCGUAUUGCUCUGAUGAACUCAACAUUCAACGAUUUGCCCUGUCGACGUAUCACUCCAGAGUUCAUCACCCGCAGCAUAGAAGAGGCUGUCACCACCACCAGCGGCAACAUGGAGGAUGUCUCAGACCCGAGCACCAGUUUAGGAGCUUAUUAUCUCAUGCUGAAAUCCAAUACAGGAAAAACCAUGCUGGAAUUUCAGGAAUUAAUGACAGUGUUUCAGCUGUUACACUGGAAUGGGACACUGAAGGCUUUUAGGGAGAGGAGAUGUAGUCGUCAGGAGGUGAUCAGCUACUAUUCUGAGAAACGGCUGGACGAGUGUCUGCGCAGUCACAUGGCUCUGGACUGGCUGCAGAGGGAGAGGAAGAGGCCAGGUCUGAUCUCACGUGAGCUGCAGCUGGCCCUCAGAGAGUUGGCCCAGGCUCGACAGGCUGGCCGAGAGCUUCGCUUCUACAAAGAGAAGAAGGAGAUCCUAAGCUUGGCUCUCAGUCAGGCCUCCACAGAGGAACUCCAGGCCUACUGUGGGGAGGAAAAAGAAGAGUGCUGGAGAAAAGGAGAAACUGCAUUGGCUUAUCUCACAUGUGGGGGCCACUGUCUGGAAACUAGUGUGACAGAUCCGUUAGAACACUGUGAGUUUUAUUACUUGGAGUGUGGGAGUGACAAAGAGUCAUUGGGCUAGUGUGUGUGUGUGUGUGUGUGUGUGUGUGUGUGUGUGUGUGUGUGUGUGUGUUUUCAUAUGUUGGUGGGGACGAAAUGUGUCCACGAGCAUUGGAAUAUCAGACAACUUUGACCCUCUUGGGACAUUUGUUUUAUUUUUCAAACAAGUAAAAUAUACAAAAUAUUUCUUUUUUUGUUUCUGGGAUUAGGGUUAGGGUUAGAUUUAGGAGCGAGCAAAGCAUUAAUUAGCUGCACUAAUUAUGGAAGGCCCUCACAGAAUGUCAAGGAACAUGAACAAGUGUGUGUGUGUGUGUGUGUGUGUGUGUGUGUGUGUGUGUGUGUGUGUGUGUGUGUGUGU